AUGUUUGGUUUCUCCUUCAAACGUCAGAGAGAGCCUGAGGAGUUGACUGAUGUCGACAGCGGCGCAACCCACGAGAGUAAGAAACUAUGCCCUUUGUCCCUACGUACCGAACCGAACGCAUCCCGGAAGUCUUCCUUCACCAAAGUCCACCGAAAUUCCUCCCGAUUUGGCUUGUCUAGUUUGACUCCCGUCGAGUCUUCAGAUGACGACGACGACGGAGAUGAUGAACAUACCACCCCUCACCCAUUAAGCGCUUGUGAGCAGGGCUCGCACGACCAUGCUCUGAGAACGGAAAUGGACAUUGAUGACACAUUUGUUUCUGCGCCCUCAUCGCAGCCAAUAGUUUCAGAUCAUGACGGCAACGUCCAACCGUCACCAAUACCAAACAGUCUUAUCAACCAGUCUCUUACCCUUAGUGAGCGACAGGAGCUUUGGGCUACCGUUGCCACAGGAACAGAGGAUCAAGAGCCUGCAUUCUCUGUAUAUAAUGGGCAGGAGUCUGGGGAGAUACACAAUCAUACAUUGUGGUGUGAUCAACGUCUCCCAAGUCCGAUCAGUGAUUGUGGCGAUGUUUUCCGAAGCAGCAAAGAAUCUGUGGGCGGUAUUAGCAUGAUGCACGAUAAAUCUCAUCCAACAUCUUUCCUUCCAUCCGAUGAGUGCAACCCAACCAGCCAACAAUAUAUACCAUCUAUUGAGACACCCACAGAGGCUCCUUCAACUCCAAAGUCGAACACCAACCCUAACAAGAAAAUCAUAUUUUCCAUGGGAUUUCGGGCCGACUGCGAUAAAUGUCACCGUAAGGUCCCUGGACAUUACAGUCAUAUUAACCGUCGUUAG